CCAUUAUCUUCUCUUCUUAUAGCAAUGACAACUUUAGCGGGGUUGAAAAGUCAUGAUUCGCUUCUGUCCAAAUUGGACACUUUCAAACGGAAGAAGAAAGAUAGGUUAGAAGUGGAAGAGCUGACAAAGGAGAGCAACCAGGCGAUCAAACUUUCUUCUACUCCAUUUUUUCCCGAUCCGAAAGAUUACAACCUACAGGAAGGCGAGGAAAGAUCGUAUCCAGAAAUGUCAUCUAUGAAAGCUGCAUGUUUUCAAGAGCUGACAAACAAGCUACUCAGUUGGAUAAAUAACGAACUAGCGGCUCAACGUAUCUUGGUCCGAGAUCUGAAGGAAGACAUCUAUGACGGCCAGGUGUUGCAAAAACUUGUGGAGAAAUUAACUGGAGUGACACUUGCCUAUCCUGAAGUUACUCAGUCCGAAGUUGGACAACUGCAGCGCCUAAAGGAGGUGUUGGCUACCAUCAACAGUUCCCUUCGGGUUCGACCAACAUGGACGGCAGAGCUUAUAUACAAUAAAGACAUCGCGGCCACUUUACGCCUUCUCGUUGCACUUGCUACUCACUUCAAGAGUGAAAUGCACUUUCAGCCAGGUGUUUAUUUGACUGUGAUUGUCGCUCGAAAGCUUAACGGCAAGCUACAAUAUCGUCACGAUCGGCAAUACAUCACUGAACUGACUGGACCUGAAAACUCUGCACAUCCAUCAGAUUUAUUAUCGCGGGACCACCUGGUUGUGCAAACCCUGAAUGACUUCGUGAAUGCCCAUCUGGGGCAAUUGACACUCCAAGUAACCGACUUGGCACGGGAUUUUUCUGACGGAGUGCUCUUGAUCCUGCUUAUGGGUCUACUGGAAGGCUACUUCGUCCCGUUCUAUGCCUAUCAUCCGACUCCCACUACCGAAAUAAUGAGAACUAAUAAUGUCAAAUUGGCUUUCGAGCUGAUGCAAGCUGCCGGAAUCGGGGAACCUCCGGCUCAACCAGAAGAAAUCAUCGCCGCGGAUAGCAAAGCGAUUCUGCGAGUUUUAUACAGCAUAUAUUCAUUUUACGAGCGAAUGGAACAGGAACGAAGACGAUAUGAAAUCGCCAACAUCCGGGAGCUGGAGGAGCCAGAAGAAACACACUUUGUCGAACCUGAGCAUACCGAUGCGGACUUACUGUGAUAUGUGUAUGUUGUAACCUUUUGCAGCUAUCUUCUUACCCGCGAUCUUGCUCAAGCACCACUUUCUUCAGCCAUCUGUAAUAUUUUUGUUCUAUAAGCCAGUUAGCUAUUAUUAAGGAGAUAUUUCACUGCUUCAAUCAUGCUUUCAUCAUAUCCUGUCGUCCAGGAAACGCGGCAAAGUGCGCCGCCAAGUGCUCUCUUUUUGCCUAAUUUCGAACCCGGCUGCUCUGAGUUUUUUCCGUUCACAAGCAUUCCACUGAGAUUGUCGUAAUUCUAUUUGGACUAUGAUAUUUUUCGUAGAGCGAGGCUUCUAACAAGUCUUUUGUCAUUUUGAUUCUUGCAUAUGUGAAUCAUUGAGCAACGGGCGUGAAAUCUUACUUAGCUGGUCUUCAGUCUGUUAGGUGUUUUUUUCGUUUCUUUGCUUGUAAACGUCCCACUUUUAAGUGGAAUAGAUUGUUAGCAUAAAGUGCUAUUGGCAGGUAACUCGGCUUCAAUGGUCUUUUUGCGCCUCUGCAGAAGCCAUUGAUAUUUCUCUUCUUU